UUGCUGCUGCAGAUAUGGAGGCACAACUAGACGAACUUUUUUCCUUUCUAAGAGAUCCUAGACCAGAUGUGCGGCAACUAGCAGCAAAGAAUAUUGCAGGACUCACUACAACGCCGGAAUUUCUUCCCUUUUUCAAGAAAGAUGGCUGUCGAGUAGUAAAGGAUCUAAUGGCAUUGACCAAGGGAGAGCCGCUGGCAGCUCAUGAUGCACUCAGUGCUUUAAUCAACCUGUGCGUGGACCCUGUCUUUGUUUCCGUUAUGGACAAUGAAGAUUUCCUUUAUGACCUGAUAUUGCUGAUUGUGUUACCUCGAAAUGUAGUAGCCGAUCUAUGUUGUAUGUUGUUAAACAAUCUUUCCGAAAGUAACUCUGUGGCACGGAAACUCGUCGCGGAUAUCUCACGAUCAGCAGCUGCGCCCAGCCCAUCAGCGGAAUCCACGUCUCCUAUCCCAACUCCUUCCACACAACCUAAUCCCUCCACCACCAAACUAAAAACCCAUUACCUCGACAAUCUGCUGGAAGUCUUUGUGAGGGGUGCAGGGAAGGGAUAUAAUCCGGACGCCGAAUAUCAUUUCCUUGGUGGGGUGCUGUCAAAUGUGGCGAUGACACCAGCCGGAGCGGCAUGGUUCCGAGGACGGACGGGAGUUGACGGAGCGUUACGAUUGAGUAAGAUGGUGCCAUUUACCGAGCACCCCAACCGUAUCCGCCGUAGUGCCGCCAUCCAUACAAUCAAGAAUACAGCUUUUGAACCAGAAGGACACGCACUAUUACUCACUGAUACUGAGCUGAAUUUGUUGCCAUAUCUCCUUCUUCCUCUAUCUGGGCCGGAAGAUUAUACAGAUGAGGAAAUGGAAGGAAUGCCAGACGAGUUGCAGCUUCUGGAACCAGACAAGGAACGUGAGCAGGAUGCCAAGUUACGACUUGCCCUUGUUGAAAUUCUACUCCUUCUGACCACUACACGACAAGGACGUGAGAUUCUUCGGGCCAAAAAGGUGUAUCCUGUGGUACAAAAGCUUCAUCUACAGGAAAAAGAUGAGAAAGUGCAAGAAGCUAUCGAACGAUUGGUUCAGAUGCUAUGUAGAGACGAAGAGGAUGGAGGGUCAACCAAUCUGCCGAUUCCGGUUGCAAAGAGAUUAAAGUCUGUGGAUGCAAAGGACUAUGUUAUUGAGGAGAUGGAGGAUUCUGAUUCUGAUUCUGAUGGGGGAAUGAUUGAGCAGCUGCUCUAAUGGUGGAUAGUUUAUUUUCUUGAGACCUUUUCAUUUGUUUAUACUUUCAUAAUAUCAUUAAUUCUUGCAUGCAAACGUAAGCAAAAUCACG